AUGUACGCGUCUCCCGCUCUCCACCGCGCGGUCGCAUUUCCGAAGGCGACCAAGCCCGCCGAGGCUUCCAAGGCUGGACGCGUCGCGACCCGCGCGGCCGCGCCCGAGGAUAAGCCCGCGGCCGCUGCGAGGCCCACCGGUAGGCGAUCGUUCUCGGUUGCGACGCUCGCCGCGGUCGUCGCCGCCGCAUCCGCGCCCGACGCGGCGCUCGCGUUCGGCAGCGGCAUCCCCGGCUACGACAUCAACGAGAAGGCGAGGGACGCCCAGCGUAAGGCAAUCAACGACGAGCUCGCGGAGCAGAGGGAGCUGGCGAGGAAGGAAAAGGAGCGUCGGAGGUUGCUGAAGGAGGCUGAGGAGGCGGAGGAGUGCGCGAGAAAUCCCGAAUCGUGUCCCGCGCCCGCCGAGAGCUGA